AUGGCACUGACAUCAUGGAAAGCGUUCAACUUCAUCGACGUCUCCCAAGUGAGGCUACCAGAGGAGAGCUCCGCGCUCUUUGGUAGCGACCUCUCAAGCCUUUGCACUGGCUCUGCGAACCUAUUUAUCGGCACAACCGAUGGAUUCGUCCACAUACUCUCCUCGUCCUUCCGCAUUGUGCGCUCGUUCAAGGCGCACGAUGCGGGCUCGAUCAACCAUAUGAAGCAGAUAAAUGGAACCUCGCUUCUCGUGACUGUCGCAGAGGAUCUGUCAAAUGAGCCUGUUCUCAAGGUCUGGGCCCUGGAUACCGAGAAAAAAGAUGGCGGACCGCGAUGUUUGUCGACGGUCUCCGUGCAAAAUGCUAGGCGACAGUUUCCGAUCUCCGCAUUCGCGGCUGUCGAUGAUCUCUCACAGGUGGCCGUCGGCUUCGCGAACGGUUCCGUGACCAUUAUCCGUGGCGAUUUGAUCCAUGAUCGGGGCGCGCGCCAACGUAUCGUCUUCGAGUCGGAAGAGCCGAUCACAGGCCUGGAAAUGCAGGAUGGGCAGGUGACUGCGCUAUACAUCUCGACUACGAGCCGUAUCUUGACAUUGAUUAUCGCGGGCCGAGGACAAGGCCAGCCAGCUCGUAUUUUGGAGGAUACGGGAUGUGGGUUGGGAUGUAUGACUCUAGACCGGGAGAGUGGGGAUAUCCUUAUUGCCCGUGACGAUGCUGUUUACACCUACGGAUCUCGUGGUCGUGGACCUAGCUAUGCGUUCGAAGGCCAGAAGACAUCUAUUCGUUCGUUCCACGAUUACGUGGCGCUUGUUUGCCCGCCUAAAGCUGAAACCGCCAAGUCGGAUCCCUUGCGCAAAUAUGGCGUCAAUCCGGCUGAUGAGAUAUUUGGAACGACGAAGUUCACGUUGCUGGACACGGAUCUUAAGUUCAUUGCGCAUAAUGAGACACUUGUGUCGCCGAUGAAGCAAAUCUUUAUGGAAUGGGGAGACUUGUAUCUUCUCACUACUGACGGCAAGUUGUUUCGAUAUCGCGAGAAGAGCCUUCAGCAGAGACUGGAGAUUCUCUACGAGCGCAAUCUCUACAUUUUGGCUAUUAAUCUUGCGCAAAAGAUCGGCAUUGAUACAUUACAGCAGAAUGCCAUCUAUCGCAAGUAUGGCGAUUUCUUAUACCAGCGCGGGGACUAUGACACUGCUAUGCAACAAUAUCUUCGGGCAAUUGACAACACUGAACCAUCUCAGGUUAUUCGCAAGUACUUGGAUACCCAGCGAAUUCAUAAUUUGAUUGAGUAUCUGGAAGAGUUGCACGAUCAUGGCCGGGCCACCGUUGACCACACCACGCUUCUUUUGAACUGCUAUGCCAAGUUGAAAGAUACAAGCAAACUCGACUCUUUCAUUAAGGCUCCUGGCGAGCUGAAAUUUGAUCUGGAAACUGCUAUUGCCAUGUGUCGCCAAGGAGGAUACUACGAGCAGGCAGCGUACCUUGCGACAAAACAUGGGGAAAAUGAUAUGGUCGUCGAUAUUCUAAUUGAGGACUCCAAGAAGUACGCCGAGGCAGUCGAGUACAUAUGGCGCUUGGAGCCUGAAGUGGCCUAUCAUAAUCUCAUGAAAUAUGCCCGCGUCCUAUUGACCCACUGUCCCGAGCAAACAACGGAGUUUUUCAAGACUUAUUACGCUGGCCAGUAUCGACCUCGAACACAAGUGGAAAUGCCCGCCGAGCCCCAAGCUCAACCAUCAAGCACUCUGCAAAGUCUUGCUGGUAUCUUACCGCUCCGCUAUAUGACUGGUGGAUCAGGAUUGCAAGCUCCAGCCACUGUUUCAGAGACUGUCACUAAAGAGGAACCUGUCACGGAACCCGUGCCUGAAUACGAGAUUCCGAAGCCACGAACAGCCUUUUCUGCAUUCGUUGAUCACCCCAAGGAAUUUAUAGACUUUCUGGAAACGCUUGGACAGCAAAACGGACUUAGCAAAGAGGCCAAGAUUGAUCUUUUUACGACCUUGUUUGAGAUGUAUUUGGAUACUGCCAAGGGGAAGAAAGAUGCAGCCGAGAAGCAAGAAUGGGAGACUAAGGCCAAGAAGCUGAUUGAAGGCAAAGAUAUCCCAAUCUCAACAUCAAAUGUUUUACUUCUCUCUGAUCUGUCCAACUUCCGCGAGGGAUCUACCCUCGUGCGUGAACAAGAAGGCCUGCGUCUUGACAUCUUCCGGUCAUUUACCUCGGCCAAGGAUACCCAGGGUGCUAUUCAAGCCUUGCGGCGAUAUGGCCCCGACGAGCCUCAGCUUUACAUCGAUGCCUUGACAUAUUUUGCCUCUAGCCCCCAGACCCUCGACGAGGCGGGCGAUGAGCUAGAUGUUGUACUCCGCCGCAUUGACGAAGAUGGCCUGCUCUCUCCACUGCAAGUGAUACAAGCACUCAGCAAUAAUGCCGUUGUCACCAUGGGCCGAGUAAAGAAGUACCUGAGUGAUAAUAUUGAGCGAGAACGCAAGGACAUUUCUACGAAUCGCCGCCUCAUCUCGAGCUACAAAUCCGAAACAGCUGCCAAACAGCAAGAACUCGAAUCACUCUCCACCCAACCAGUCGUCUUCCAAUCUCGUCGCUGCCAAUCCUGUGGCGGCACACUCGAUCUUCCCACCGUGCAUUUCCUCUGCAAGCACUCUUUCCACGAACGCUGUCUUAAUCGUGUCGAGGAUGAAGUGCAGUGUCCUGUCUGCGCACCAGGUAAUGCUACACUGCGAGCCAUUCGUCAACGACAAAUUGACACUGCCGAUCAACAUGACUUGUUCAAGGCUGAGCUGCAUCGCUCGAAGGAUGGGUUCGGACUUGUCAGCGAGUUUUUCGGGAGAGGUGUUAUGAGAUCGCAGAGUACGAUGGAUGCAUGA